AUGUCGGCAAACGAGAGUCGUGAGCUACAGUCUUAUGAGCCAUCAGAUCUCAUCGUAACGGUUGUCAUGUCGUGCUAUAUUUUCUACACAGCAGCCAUUGUAAUUGGGAUUCCAUGCAAUGCGUUCGUUCUUUACCGUAUGACUCGAUUGUCAAGAAAAUGUGCUGAGGUAUACAGCAAUGGCGUUGGUCUCUGUCUGUUUAUAAUGGCAGUUGCUGAUAUCGGAUCGUUAUGCUCUAUUCUAAUACACUACAUCCUGAGUAUAUUCACCGCUACACAAGAGAUAGCUGACUCUGUCGGUGUUGUCUGGCUGGAUCUGAUCUGCAAGUUUGCCACACUUUCAAUGCACAUCUCUACCUUUGUGUCCAUUUGGAGCUGGCUGCUGAUGUCCACACUGCGAUAUCUCUCCGUAUAUCAGCCGCUUCUCUACAUUCGACUUUGGAAAUUUCCGGCAAAGGUAUUUCUGGAUUCAUUCGACUCUGGAAGACAUUGA